GUUCGUCACUUAUCCCAAAAUAGAAAGUUCCAACAAUCAAACAGCUUUGUCCAGAAGCGCGCCAUUCUCUUCCUUAUCCUCCACCUUUGCCUUUGUAAUUAUUACUUCAUCAUAUGCUUAACCAAAUCUUCACUCUAAAGUCGGCGUCACCCUAUCGGCAUCUUUAUCUCUUCCCGGAUCUCAAUGCUUCCCAGAAAUCAAUUUCCCUGGUAUAUUAAUUACUCUCCCAUGCCUCUCCCUGUUCAAAUUCUGUAAUUGUGGCCUUUCUGUUUUCUCUAGGAUUUCUUUUUUGGGUUUGUUCUUUGUUUCGGUCGGUGUUGAGAGUUUUGGGUUCUCAUUUGGAAACCCAUUUGGCUGUUGAUUUUUUUUAUUGUGGUGCUGGUUGGGGGAUUUGAGGUGGAAAUUUGUGCUUUUUCUUUUGGGUUUAAGCACCGUUGGAAUUUGGAGGGAUGGGUUGUUUUUUUUAAUCAAGUUUUUCUGGAUGAGGUGUGUGGAGCUUGAGGGUUUCAAUGGUUAUUGGGAUUUUGGGGCUCUGAUCCGGAACCUAUUGGGUUGUUGACUUGUGCGAGCUGGUCCUGGUUGGAAGUUUGAGGAUUUGUGAUUAGAAGUAUGUGCUUUGUCAUUUGGUUCAGGAUCAACAGCUUUCCUUAACACGACCUGUCUUCUGCAAAAGUCAGCUUUUUCUUCUUAAAUCUUUAGGUAAUUUUUGAAAUUAGGUUGUUAGUUUUCUGUCUGUAUCGUAGUUUCUUAGAACUGCAAUAGAUUUUUCUUUUUUUGCUAUUUUUCUUCAGCUUUGUGCAUUAAGCAGAUUGAGCUGUCACAUAACCGAUCAUUUAAACAAACACCUGUUAUAUUAACCAAGAUAUGGAUAUUAGUAAUGAGGCCAGUGUUGAUCCUUUUUCAAUUGGACCUUCAACCAUCAUUGGUCGAACAAUAGCUUUCAGAAUUUUAUUCUGCAAGUCAAUGUCACAUUUGAGGCAUCAAAUACUUCAUGUGUUUUUGGAUCUAAUGUAUAGAUUUAGGGACUUUAUGGCACCCAUGGUAGCAUGGUUACACCCCCGAAACCCUCAAGGAAUAUUGGCAAUGGUGACAAUAAUCGCCUUUUUAUUGAAACGAUAUACGAAUGUAAAACAGAGGGCUGAAAUGGCUUAUCGGAGGAAUUUUUGGAGAAAUAUGAUGAGAACUGCAUUGACCUAUGAGGAAUGGGCUCAUGCUGCGAAGAUGCUAGAUAAAGAGACCCCAAAAAUGAAUGAAUCGGACCUGUAUGAUGAAGAACUUGUGAGGAACAAGAUUCAAGAACUCAGCCAUCGCCGCCAAGAGAGAUCUCUGAGGGAUAUUAUUUUUUGCAUGCGAGCUGAUCUUGUCAGAAAUCUCGGUAAUAUGUGCAAUCCUGAACUUCACAAGGGUAGGCUUCACGUGCCCAAGCUCAUAAAGGCGUACAUAGAUGAGGUCUCAUAUCAGUUGAGAAUGGUUUGUGAUUCAGAUUCAGAAGAGCUAUCAUUAGAAGAGAAGCUUGCUUUCAUGCAUGAAACGAGACAUGCCUUUGGGAGGACAGCUUUGCUUUUGAGUGGGGGUGCUUCCCUUGGAUCUUUUCAUAUUGGUGUGGUUAGAACACUGGUUGAGCAUAAGCUUUUGCCCAGAAUAAUUGCUGGCUCUAGUGUAGGAUCUAUUAUGUGUGCUGUGGUUGCCACUAGGUCUUGGCCUGAGCUGCAAAGUUUUUUUGAAGAUUCUUUGCACUCUUUGCAGUUUUUUGAUCAGAUGGGUGGGAUUUUUACUGUAGUAAAGAGGGUCAUGACACAAGGGGCUGUUCACGAGAUCAGGCAGUUGCAAGUGAUGUUGAGGGGUCUAACAAGUAACCUUACAUUUCAAGAAGCUUAUGAUAUGACAGGUCGAAUUCUUGGGAUAACGGUUUGCUCACCAAGGAAGCAUGAGCCACCUAGAUGCCUUAACUACUUGACUUCACCUCAUGUUGUUAUAUGGAGUGCAGUGACUGCUUCUUGUGCGUUCCCUGGCCUCUUCGAGGCUCAGGAGCUGAUGGCAAAGGAUAGAAGUGGAGAGAUCGUUCCUUAUCAUCCACCAUUUAAUUUGGAUCCCGAGGAGGGCUCUGGUACUCAUGUGCGUCGGUGGAGAGAUGGAAGCCUGGAGAUUGAUUUACCUAUGAUGCAAUUGAAAGAACUGUUCAAUGUGAAUCAUUUUAUCGUCAGUCAGGCAAAUCCUCAUAUAGCACCAUUGUUGAGGAUGAAGGAAUUUGUGAGAGCUUAUGGAGGCAACUUCGCUGCCAAGCUUGCUCAUCUUGUUGAGAUGGAGGUGAAACAUAGAUGCAACCAGAUACUGGAACUUGGUUUCCCUUUAGGGGGUAUUGCCCAGUUGUUUGCUCAAGAUUGGGAGGGUGAUGUCACAGUUGUUAUGCCUGCCACACUUGCUCAGUACUCAAAAAUUAUACAAAACAUAUCAUAUGUGGAGCUUCAAAAGGCAGCAAACCAAGGGAGAAGGUGCACUUGGGAGAAGCUCUCGGCCAUAAAAGCAAACUGUGGGAUCGAGCUUGCUCUUGAUGAGUGUGUUGCAAUUCUCAACCACAUGCGUAGACUCAAAAGGAGUGCUGAGAGAGCUGCUGCUUCUUCUCAUGGCCUAGCCAGCACGGUGAAAUUCAGUGCUUCCAGACGAAUUCCUUCUUGGAAUUGCAUUGCGCGAGAGAAUUCCACAGGCUCCCUUGAAGACCUCCUUGCCGAUGUUUCUUCCUCAUACCAUCAAGGAGUUGGUGGAUCCACGGCUAAAAAUUUGCGAACCCACCGUAACUUGCACGAUGGAAGUGACAGUGAGUCUGAAAAUGUGGAUUUAAAUUCUUGGACAAGAUCUGGCGGGCCCUUGAUGAGAACUACUUCAGCUGAAAAGUUUAUUCACUUCGUCCAAAAUUUGGAUGUCGAUGCGGAACUAAACAGAGGCUUAAUGGCCAAUCCUAACUCAAUUACUCUUCAAAUAGUCGGCAACAAUCAAUAUUAUCAUAGCCCAAUGGUGACAACACCAGAUAGAAGCUCAGAAAGCACAGACUUUGAUCAGAGGGAUCUUGGCCCUAGAAUUUCCACUAAUGGUUCCAGCAUAAUUGUGACUGAAGGUGAUCUUUUGCAGCCUGAAAGGACCCAUAAUGGGAUUGUGUUUAAUGUUGUAAAGAAAGAAGAUUUAACAGCGUCAACUAGGAGUCAGGAUGCGGAAAGUUACAGCAGUGACAUUCCUGAAUGUGUGCAACUCGACAGUCUUGAGAAGGAGAAUGAUGCUAGCUCUGCAUCUGAAUAUGGUGAUGACAUUGUUGCCACAACAAACAGUCUAAAUGUUCCAGAUUCUACUUCUGGGGAUCAUUAUGGCAUAGAUGAUGGCAGCAGUCCACAUGUUCUCGAUGGUUGAUUUUGACAACCAUUAUGAUAAUAGUUGUGCUGUUGGUGUUGUUUUAUCAGGGAUGCUAAUUAGACACCAUUUCUUUCACAAAUCCGGAUAAAAUACUGUUUAUAUUGCACUUAAAACUAGUGUCACAUGAUGAUAUUCUGAUCAUAGGAAUGGGAUGAACUGAAUCUCAUAUAGCUGAGAGAAGAACUGUGAAGUUUUUGAUUUCUCUAUAAUUAUACCUAAUUUGAAAUGCUUGGUUUUUAGUGCUUA